CCCCCUCCCUCCGCACGAGAUGCCAGCGUCCGGGCCGGCGCGAGCGAGUCCGGGCGGGCGCGCGAGUUGCCAGCGCACUGCGGGCUCCAGCUGCCCCUGCCAAGGAGCGCCGAGCGUUCGGACACCAGGCGCCAGCCCGAGGAGCCGCGCCACUCCCGCCUGCAGCAGCCCCCGCCGCCAAGGGCGCUGGCGCGAUGGUUUGCGGUGGCUUCACCUGCUCCAAGAACUGCCUGUGCGCCCUCAACCUGCUCUACACGCUGGUCAGCUUACUGCUGAUUGGAAUUGCAGCAUGGGGUAUAGGCUUUGGCCUCAUUUCUAGUUUCCGAGUUGUUGGCGUGGUAAUCGCUGUGGGGAUCUUUCUGUUCCUUAUUGCUUUGGUUGGAUUGAUCGGUGCAGUCAAACACCAUCAAGUGUUACUCUUUUUUUACAUGAUUAUUCUCUUGCUAGUGUUCAUUGUCCAGUUUUCAGUCUCCUGUGCAUGCCUGGCAUUGAACGAAAGACAGCAGAGACAACUUCUAGAGGUUGGAUGGACCAGCACAGUCACUGCUAGAAAAGAUAUUGAGAGGAAUCUAAACUGUUGUGGUUUCAAUGCCUUCAAUUCAAGUGAAACCUGCUCUGCUGCUUGCUAUACAAACCUCCAGUGUUCACCAUGUGCACCUAUAAUAGAAGAAUAUUCAGGAAUGGUACUGAGAUUUGUAGGGGGCAUAGGACUUUUCUUCAGUUUCAGUGAGAUUUUGGGAGUUUGGCUGACUUACAGAUACAGAAACCAAAAGGAUUCUCGUGCAAACCCUAGUGCAUUUCUUUGAUGAAAGUUUCUCAAGGACUGAUUUUUUUUUCCUGGUUAAAAUAUGAAUUCUCUAUCAGGUGGCACUUCUGCAGGCUAAGGAUCUGAAAAGAAAAUGAUUUUCCUACAUGGAGAUGUUUGUGCUUGUCAUCUUUGGUUUCCCAUCUUAAUCUCUAGAGUUCUCCAUCUUGAAAAAGAUACCUGUUUUCUGUAACUAAACAGAAACUACACUCUUCUGAGAUUGGUUUUCUAUUUAAUGGCACUAGGAUAUAUUGCCUUUCUUCAUCUUAAAAUCAAUCCUAAACUGAACCAAACAGCUAAAAAAAUAGUCAGUGUGUGAUUUUUUUGUUUUGUUUUUUAAAAAAAAAAAAAGUGUUUUCUUUUCUCUUUAAAAUGACGCAACUGGAAAUUAAAUGCCUGUAAGGUAAAAUACAGUAAACAUAUUUUUCUGUUGAAUCACUGUCCCAUUCUACUCUCUGGGUUUAAUAAUGUAGAGAACAUUUAAUACAUACAUUUAUCAACCAUUUAUGUUGUUUCUUUUCUCUAAAUUUAAGAUACCAUUUUAGAUCAUAGAUAUAAUCAUGUUAAUUGACUCCUGUAGUCUUUAAAUGCAAUUCUAAAGAUGUCAGAACUAAAGAGAAUAAAACAUUUUUUGUUAUCUGGAUAGCUAAGCGUAAUAAUAGUGAGAAUAAUAAUGAGACAAACCAAGAAAAUUAACCUAAGACUAAUUUUAAAACUACUUUUUAAAAAACAAAAAUUCCCUAUAGGUAAAUGAACUGUGACACUGGGACAACAUCAGAAGUGUAAUGAUCAAUUUUGUUAGUUUAACACACUUUGAAUUGCUGCCCAGAGAUUUUGUAUAAAACUUUUUCACAAGUAGUUUAAAUUCAUAGUUGUAAUAACUUAUAAAAAUGCGAUACUGACAUUCAUCAACAAAUCUGACCCACCUUCAGCUUUCACUAUCUAAAAUACUUGAUUUUAAAUGUAAUUGUAAAAAUAUUGUCAUGGUGUUUUGGUAGCUUAACAAUAAAAAAAAGUGUUUGUGGUUGAAUGCUCUAUAAAACUUUAGAUGAAAUCA